UUGCCUUGCAAGAAAGAGUGAAGACUGAAAAGUGAAUUCCUCUCUCUCUCUCUCUCAACCUUCCUUUCUCCCAAUCUUGCAAACCCGUUGAAGAACAAAGAAGAGAGAAGGAACAUGGAUCCGAAGCUCACUGAGGUGGCUCAGUUGUUCGAGCGAUUCAAGGCUGCUUUUGUGAGAAACGAUCUCGAUACAUGCUCACAUCUCCUGUCCCAGCUCAAGGUCUUGUUGACAGGAUUUAAGAGCCUCCCACCAUUGUUUGAAGAUUCACUGAACGCCAUUCACGAGUUGACUUUAGCAAGAGAUAUAUAUGAACAUGCUGUAGUUCUUAGUGUGAAGACAGAAGACCAAGAUGCUUUUGAGAGGGACUUCUUUCAGCUUAAGCCUUACUAUACAGAUACUGGUGGCCACCUCCAGCCAUCGCCUCAGGAGUAUCCAAUCUUGGGCCUUAACCUUCUUAGGCUCCUUGUGCAGAAUAGAAUAGCAGAAUUUCAUACAGAACUAGAACUGCUUUCACCUGUUGCUCUGGAAAAUCCUUGUAUUAAACAUGCUGUGGAAUUGGAACAAUCCUUCAUGGAAGGGGCUUACAACCGUGUAUUGAGUGCCAGGCAGACUGUUCCACAUGAGACUUAUGUUUAUUUCAUGGAUCUCCUUGCGAAGACAGUCAGAGAUGAAAUAGCUGGGUGUAGUGAGAAGGCGUAUGAUUAUCUCUCAAUUAGUGAUGCCAAGCAAAUGUUGAUGUUCUCAUCUGAGCACGAGUUACUUGAAUAUAUCAAAGAGGAGCAUCCUGAGUGGGAGAUAAAGAAUGGGUUUGUGUUUUUCCAGAAGGCAAAGGAUUCUGCCCCUUGCAAGGAAAUACCAUCGCUGCAGCUUAUCAAUCAAACACUCAGUUAUGCCAGAGAACUGGAGCGGAUAGUAUGAAAGUUAUUGAGUCCAUGGUAUACUAUGCUCCCUUCAGAGAACAACCUAUAUCAAUAUUUGAGCCCCUGUCACCGAUGGAAGUUUAUCACAUUUUUCAUGCUUUGCUUUUAUUCAAUUGUAUUUGGAGUUUCUUGACUAUAAAGCUUAAGAUGAUCAAAAGAGGGAAAACUGUUGGAUUGGCAGUUGCAUUCUAAUUGGUUUCUUCAACUUGAAUUCCUAGUCUUUCUAGCUCUCUGUUUUCUCUCAAUACAACUGGUAUCCUCUCUUUU